AAGGCGCCGUCCGUGCGCAGCGCGCGCGACGCGCGUCCCGUGCCCUUGCCACCGCGCCCUUAUCCCUUCUCUCAGGUGCCUCAUCCCCUCCUCUCCUCCUCAGACCACGCCGGCCCUUCCUGCUCGCGCCUGAGCUCCACCACCGGCUGCCAUGGCCACCGAGAUCCACUCGGCGGUGAAAUCCCACUUCCGGCCAUCAUCUUCGACAACCAACGGCUAGAAUCGACUUCCCUCGACUCACUGAAGCUCAUGCUCUCCUCGUUCCAUCGCGUUCCGCAAGUUUCCGCGCUCGUUCCCAAGCCAUGCCGCCAUCGGCAAGCUGCUACUCGCCGCGAGCUGCGCUCACGCACCUCUGUGUCGCGCCGCCGAGCGCCUCCAUUCCGCCCGGCCCUGCUGAACCCUCCCAUGGCCGCCCUGUCGUCGACCACUCACCGGAGUGCCGCCGCACGCCGCCACCACCACCGCCGAGGUAGCCCUCGUCCCCCUCAUGCUCCCCCGCCCCUCCCUUGCAGCCGGCAUGGCCUCCCCUUGUCAAAAUCGAGCUCCCUGAGUGCCUCCUCUGCUUCAGUUCACGUGAAGGACCUUGUGCAGCAAUUCAAAGAAGACCAGGGGGCUAACUGCACAAACCAAGACUCAGUGACUGAACUGUCGGAGAACGAACCCGUUGAGCCUGCCGAGUCCAUCGAGCCUGAACCCGGAGUCCAGUUCGUGGUCGAGCCCGAAGCUAACCAAGGCAAUCAUCGUUCACCAGUGUCUCUAUAUGUCUUCCGCCUGGAUGGACUCUGCUUCUGCAAGCAUAAUGUUUUUAAACCCUGUUUCAUUGGCUGGGUAGUUGCUACUGCUGAGUUUCUUAGGUACCAUCAUUUGUCUCUCACGUACACACGGCAUUAAAGUGUAUAUCAGUUGAUUUCGCACUUCCAAGUAGCCACUGCUGAUUUCUUCCGUAUCACUGUUUCUCCGAGUGCCACUCAUCCACGCACGGCACUUGCAAAUAUGCUACGCAUUUUUUUUAAUAAAACAUGGAACCUGCCAACACAUACGUAGUGCAUACUGUGUGGCAGCAGGGCUGUUCCAUUAUACUGUAUCACGGUUGCUCAGUGCAUGCUGCCUGAAGAGAUCUCCUGAUGACCUUUGCACU